AUGGAAGAAGAUUCGAUUCAGACGGAAACAUCGUCUGAACCACGGCAGUUUCUAGGCUCAUCGAUUGAAGGUCGACGAAUAAUUGAUGUUGUGUAUUUAUAUUCAAAAUUGAAAGAAAUUGCCAAACAUGGACCCAUGGAUUGUGGUUUAGGUUGCAUCGAAAUUGUCGGAGAGCGGCAAUGUGCAGUUCCUGGGAUAAUAGCAAUAGGGUGUGGACACUCCCAACUUGAAGAGCUUUCUGCAGCCCUAAAUUUGCCUAUUAUGUCACCAAAAACAUACAAAACGUGUCAUUGCAAGUUAUCAGCUCACUGGGAAAAAGUAUCUGUUAAAGCCAUGAAUGAAGCGGCAAAUAAAGAAUCAGCAAUAGCUGAAGGCCGUGUGGACAAAAACGGAAUACCAAUAAUUGAUGUGAUAGUAGAUGGGUGCUGGUGCAAGAGAACAUAUAAAAAGAAUUACUCGGCACUACCAGGUGCUGCUCCGAUCAUCGGCAGAAGGACUGGAGAGGUGCUGUUUUUAGGUGUUAAAAAUAAAUAUUGUUCAAUUUGUGCACAGGCGCAAAAAAAAUCUGCAACAGAAAAACCACAUUUGUUACAAAAA